UUCUCUUCCAGCAACAAAUUGGCCCCACUGUUGGAUAUUAGUGCGCGUAGACCAGGCUUCCACAGUCAUGCUAUCGCCAAUAUCAAUGAAUUGGUUUUCAAUUCUUCUCACUUCCAGCUUGUUGAUUAUUGUUUGCGAAUCAUUCAUUGGUCAGCAAAAAGUGAUUACCAUUAAGCUUCACAAAUCUAAGAUUUAUGGAUUGCACCGUGCCGUGCGACAGAGAAUUAUCAAGUGCUGUGGCAGGAAUUCUUGCUCACCAACUAAAAGCGGAAAUUACACCCGAAACUCGUCGGCCAAGAAUUUGAUUACUCCUACAGGGGCUGGAAGUGGAAUAAUCCAAAGAGGUUCUUCGGAACUGACAACCACAAUUUCAAACAGCGGCAGCAAUGUGAUUGAUUCAGGCAGCGGAGCAGGAAAUUCUGAAUCUGGUGCCCCGUCAGACUCAUCUGGUGGAGGGUCAGCCGACUAUGGAACUGGCUCGAUAGGUGAAAUCAACAAUUCUGGAGGCGGCGGUGCCGCAGGAGGUGCUGGUUCAGGGAUGACAACCACCGCCGCGGGGGUGGGUUAUACAGGAGUAACUGCGGGAGAAAACGGGGACUACGGAGAUGCAGGAUCUGACCCGGCUGACGGUGGCGGUUCUGCACCUGGAAGCGAUCCAGGUGCCGGCUCUUCUGCACCCUCAGACGGUUCGGCUGGUGCCCCUGGAGACACAAUUGCGAAUUCAGGGCCAGGUGGAGGUGCAACAACAGGCAGUAGUGGGGCUGCAAGUGGCGCAGGAAGCGCAUCUGAUUCAAGUAGUGCUGCAGCUUCCCAGAGUAAUGGGGAUUUGACCACUCAAGGCAAUGCUGGAAUCUCGACAACUCAGGGAAGCAGCGGAGGUUCAGCAACACAGGGAAGUGCUGGCGUUUCAACUACACAGCACGGUGGUGGAGGAUUUGCUGCUGAAGGUGGUGUUUCGACUACUCAAGAUGGUGGAGGAACUACGACUACUCAAGGUGGUGGAAGAGGAUCGACUACUCAGGGUAGCGGCGGAGGUUCGACUACUCAGGAUGGUGGAGGAACUACGACUACUCAAGGUGGUGGAAGAGGUUCGACUACUCAGGGUAUCGGCGGGGGUUCGAAUACUCAGGAUAGUGGUGGAGGCUCGACAGCACAAAGUACUGGUGAUGUUACAACAACUAAAGGUGAUGGAGGUGGCUCAACAACUACAAGUAACUUAAGCCCUCCCGGGGCUGGAAAUCUCAGCGAUCCCACUGCUGCUGAUAAUGAUGGAUGGACAUCUCCUCCACCAAACAGUGCUACCGUUGUGCCUAAAUCGAAUCCUUGCAUGGAUGAUGGAUGCGUUUUGCCGUGCAACAAAAACCCGAACUAUUUUCCUGAUGGAGUCACUCUGAAAGUCCCCAGUGGAAAGGGAGCAUUAAAAUCAGCUUGUGGGAAAAAUUACUUCUUUAGCACUGAAAAACUAAACCACACGAUGGCUUUCCAAGCAUGCUGUGCCUUGGGCAUGGUACUGAGCUCUUUUGAAACCAGAUCGGAGCAGGACUGCAUCACCAAAUAUAAUGAUGAUGUGAUGAAACUCAAAGAAACAAAUUACUGGCUUGGAGCAAGUGACAGGUUUUGCCAUAAAAAAUUUGCGUGGUGUACAGGAAAUACUCUUGAUGUAUCUGCAUAUCGAUGGAUAUUACUUCAGCCAAACUACUUGCCCGACCAACAUUGCAUGGUAAUGACUGUUGGAAUUGGUGUGCUUGGCCUCCCAGGACCCAAUGGAUUUAAUGAUUGGGAAUGCUAUGAAUCUACGAAUUAUUUGUGCGAGCAAACUUCUUAACGCACCAAAAAAUAAAUAUCGGAACUUCAUUUGCAACA